UUGACGCGAUCAGAGUUACACGACGGGGGUAAUACGUAAUUUAGCUUCGAAGCGGUGAGGUGCGAAGCGGCGAGGAGCGAGGCGGGGGAGAAGAAAGAGGAGAUGGCUCCAGCGAAGAAGGGAAAGGCCAAGGCCAAACCUGCCGCCGCCACCGAGUCGACUCAGUCCUCCGCUACCAACAAUUUCCCGGCAUGUAUUCGCUCCGUACCUCCCUCCUCCGUCGCCAUCACCAUCCACGCCAAGCCUGGCUCCAAACUCGCCUCCAUCACUGAUUUCAGUGAUGAGGCGUUGGGUGUCCAGAUCGACGCCCCUGCAAAGGACGGCGAAGCUAACGCCGCCCUACUCGACUACAUUAGUUCGGUUUUAGGUGUAAAAAGAAGGCAGGUUUCUAUUGGAUGUGGCUCUAAAUCAAGAGACAAGGUUGUUAUUGUAGAGGAGAUGGCUCUACAAAGUGUUUUUGACAUUCUGGAUAAAGCUUCAAAGUGCAGCGCAUAGAGUGAGAGAUGUAAAUAUGAUCUUUGAAUUGGAUUUGAACUUGUGAAGCUUGAUGUUAGCAUCUAACCAAGUCAUACUUAGAAUAGUUUCCCCACUGAUGGUUUAGAUGCUUCAAAAUUUGUAUUCUGUUCCCCGUUUACUACAAAUAGUUAUUUCUUUAUAAAAGACAAUUAUGCCUAAACGUAAUCGGUUAAUAAUAUGAUUACAUUUUAACUGUCUCAAAUAUUAUUGUCUUCAUAAUUCAUUCUUCAUGA